AUGCCUCCACAGCAGCAAGGCGCGCUUUUCGGAAGAGAGCAACUGAGCAAAGGUGAAGAGUACGAUGCUGCCUACGCGGCAACGGUGGCAGCGGUGGCGUACGCCAUUGCUGCAAUGGAGGAGGAGAAGGUGCCAUCUCAAGAGAGGAAACCUGUUCCAGAAAGAGUGGCAUCUCGGAAGAAGCAGGUACCGGUCCAUGUGCCCGCCGCCGCAGCCCCGCCUCUCGAUCUGCCACCUCCCAGGAGAGGCGAGAGCAUGAAGAGGCCAGUUGAUGGGAGCAAGAUCUCGAGAUGGUUCAGCGGUAAAGAGCAGCUCGUUGAAGAUGGCGAUGACGACCAACGAGGGAAUGUUUCGGUGCGGAGGCCGGUGAAGAUGCCGGAGCAGAAGAAGCCGGAGGGUGUAGCUCCAUCUGGCCAGAACGUGGUGGGGAAGGUGGUCGACUCCGUCCCCAGCCUGGAGAGAGAUCCAAGGAAGAGGAGCAGGAAGUUCGAGCAGGAGCAAGCAAAUCAGAGGCCGGCUGUACCCGAGGUUCUCAACCCGAGGGCCUCGUUUCCACGGGAGAGGAAAGAGAGCAGGAGAUACGAGCAGGAGACGGCGAACCAGAUGGCGCCGCCGGCAGGCAGGCCAUCGGGACCGGCUUAUUCGAGUGACGCGGAGAGGAUGGCGGCUGCGUGGGAGAAGGAGAGGAUGACGAGAAUCAAGAUGAAGUACAAUGAGACGAUGCAAACCAUUGCCGAAUGGGAGGAUGAGAAGAAGGCCAAGGCCAGGCGCCAAAAGGAACCCAGAGAGGGAGAUUCGGAGAGUAAGCGAGCCAAGGCGCUGCAGGAGUACAACGAGGAGAUGAAGAGGAUCAACAAGGUGGCCACCGCGUCGAGGCUGACGGCGGAGGAGAAGAAGAGGACCGCCGAGGGCAAGGUCCGGCAGAAGGCGGCCAAGAUCCGGUCGACGGGAAAGCUUCCUCGGUCGUGUGGCUGCUUCUGAAACCAUGGAUGCCUGAAUAUGUGUGCCAUUAAGCAAUGACACACAGGGAGUACAUCUUAGAAAAAUCAGAAAAACUACGGCACUAUAUUUAUUACUACUGCAACCAAUCAAAACUACAUUAAGAAUAAUGACAUCCAAUAGAAAGAGCUUAACUGCUUCGUUUUAUGUGUAGUUGUUAAUUAUAAAUCUGUAAUGUAGAUUAAUUCAUGAAAAAUUUUAGGUCCAAAAUGUAGACUUUUCAGAACAGAGAGUACACGAUAAGAGCAUCUCCAACAA